AUGUUGGAAAACGUAGUACCGGCUGCAAAAUGCGCCAAUGAAGCCUUUCCAUUCUCCUGCCCCUGUUGCCACGUGUUCGCUUUCCGUCGUGCUCGCUCUCUUCGUCUCAAUGAUCCCGUUGGCCGUCCAGUAGAGGAAAUGUCGCCUGGUUGGGUCACCCACGCGGGCAGCACAACUUGUCCCUUCUGCUUCCGCCUCUUCCGUGACGCCACUCGGAGCCUGGGCCCGACGAAUGAGGCUUCUGUGAGCCAACAUCCCGGACCGCAGCAAUGCAACUUCUGGUGCAGGAAACGGUUCGACUCUCGGAACUCUGCCUCUGCGAAGCAGAUGCAAGUGAAGUGCAGAGAUGGAAGCACCGAUGUUGACGACCAAAAUGAACCGGUAUGCUUCGUGUGA